GAGUGUGGGUGUGUAGAAUUGAUGAAGAAUUUGAGUUGGGGUAGUGUGCAAGAGAAAAUUGAGAGAAAAGAUGUUGAAAAGAAUGAGGAACGGGUGAGCAUCGGACAAGAGAUGCUUACCAACCCCAGCUUAUUAUUCCUUGAUGAGCCAACCUCGGGAUUGGACUCAACCACCGCUCAAAGGAUAGUUUCCACGCUGUGGGAGCUCGCCAAUGAGGGUCGACGCACAGCGGUGAUGCCAAUUCACCAACCCUCGAGCAGGCUCUUCUAUUUGUUCAACAAGGUACUUCUGCUCUCGAAUGGGGAUCCGGUGUAUUUCGGCAAAGGAGCCGAUGUGUUGGACUACUUUUCCAGUGUGGGCUUUGCCCUAGGGGUUUCCAUGAACACGACCGAUUUCUUGUUGGAUCUAGCAAAUGGAGUGGCAACAAGUGAUUCAAAUGAAGAUCAAGAAGAGGUUAAGCUAAGAUUGGUGAAUGCUUAUAAAACAGAGCUAUCAGCCACUGUGAGGUCAGAGCUGAUUGUUGAUGAUAGUGGUCUUCCAACCGAUGAUAGGAAACUGAAUCGUUGGUCAUAUCCAUGGUUGGAUCAGUUCUCAAUCUUGCUUAGGAGGGGUAUUAAAGAAAGGAAGUUUGGAUCCUUUUCAACAAUCAAGAUUGUGCAAGUCUUGGUGGUUGUCCUUUUCACUAGACUCUUUUGGUGGCAAUCCGACUCGAACCACUUGCAAGACCAGGUGGGACUCCUAUUUUUCUACUCGGAGUUUUGUGGGUUCUACCCCAUGUUCGAGGCCAUCUUCAUGUGCACUCAAGAGCGCAUGGUGCUCUUGAAAGAGCGAGCAUCUGGCAUGUACAGGCUGUCGUCCUACUUCAUGGCCCUCACCCUAGGUGACCUGCCCAUGGAGCUAGUCCUCCCAACCAUCUUUUAUACCAUGACCUACUUCAUGGCGGGCCUCAAGCACACAGCCGGAGCCUUCUUCUCGGGCCUCUUCGUGCUUCUCUACAGCGUCAUGUGCUCACAGGGGCUCGGCCUGGCCAUUGGGGCAGCUGUAAUGGACGAGGUAUCUGCCGUCACACUUGGAACCGUGAUCAUGCUCAUCUUCCUAUUGUCUAGUGGCUACUUCGUGAAGCACAUUCCUAUAUUUAUUAGCUGGAUCAUGUACAUCUCCAUCACCUCACACACCCUCAAUCUGCUGCUGGGUUCGCAGUAUGAGACUAAGGAGACCUAUCGCUGCAGUGGAAACGCGAUUUGCCUCGUCAGAGAUUUUCUGUCCAUCAAAGUUGUGCGAAUCGGCGGAACAGGGACCAUCGUGCCCACUUCGCUGGUCGCCAUGGCUGGGAUGGUUAUGUUUUAUUGGCUGAUAGCCUACCUCUUCCGUAUGAGAGUUGGUGUUAAGGGGUAGUAGGCCUAUUUUAUUUAGUAUUAGUAUAUUCUUGUGUAAGAACUAAAUAGUGCUUCAUUCACUCUUCAACUUCUUCGA